AUGAUCCGGCGGGCUUGCUUGUCUUCCGGCUUCCUUUGGUGCCUCGGGCUUGCUGAUGAACUUGAAGCUUUGCAAGCGACUUUUGGCUGGAAGGGCGGCGGCAUCGACAGACUCCGUUUCUUCAAAGAAAGACUCGGUUUCGAGCCACGGCACGUGGUGGACGUGGGUGCCCAUGUGGGCAACUGGACGCGUGACGCGCGGGAGGUCUACCCUUCGGCAGACUUUUUGCUCAUUGAAGCCAAUCCGGAGCAUGCGGACAAGCUGAGGGCUACAGGAGAGCGCUUUGAGAUUGCGCUCCUCACCUCGCAGCCGCGCCCGAAGGUGGUUUUUCACAGCACCCGCUGCAAUGUCAAGACUGGUGCCUCGAUCUUCCGCGAGCAGACUCCCUGGUAUGAGCAUGAGAUCUGCCAUCAGCCCCUUGUGCUCCAGAGCUGGACCCUGGACCAAGUCGUGCAGAACUCCAGCUCGGCUGGGGUGGCCUGCUGCGAUCUCGUGAAGGCCGAUGUUCAGGGCGCUGAGAUCGAGGUUCUUCGAGGAGGCCAACGCACUCUGCGAAACGCGCAGCUGGUGCUCUUAGAGGCCUCCGUGCUCCCUUACAACGAAGGAGCGCCGCGGUUUUCCGAACUCAUCCGCUUCAUGGCCGAGCACGGUUUUGAAGUCGUGGAUGUCGCCGAUGCCUCCUUCUCCGAGGAUCUCACGUAG